AUGUCUGUUCAGCGAGCUCUCACACUUGCACAAAACGAAGAACCACGAAGCGCUUACCAAUGUAAUCACGUUGUGAAUUAUGCGUUGAAUGGCGACAAAAAUGUUGGUGGAUUGGCCAGCUCAUAUUUGAAUUGGGGCUCUCAAGUGACUGCAUCUCCACAAGGCGGGGAUGUAGUUGUUGGCAAUGACGGCAAACAUGUCGGUAUUUUUGUUUCCUCGACAGAGUUUGUACACUCAAGCUCUAGUAAAGGCAAGGUUAUCAAAGUUGGCUUAGAUCAGCUAAAAUACGUUUUUCCCAGCGGAUAUCAAAUCAGAAGAAAGUAA